UAGAAAAAGACACUGUAAUUUUUGGCAGUAGUGGUGUUGGGUUCAUUGGUUCUACGGCCACAAAGUUUGGAUAGAUGGAAGAUUAGAUCUGAAAUGAGCUAACGCAUUUGUUGUUCACUGGCCUUCUCAAAGGGGGAAAAGAAGGAGAAAUGGCGGAGAUUGCCGUCAACCUCGUCAUCGACAAGUUGCUCCCAUUACUAGAUCAAGAAGCCAGACUAUUGGGAGGCGUCCACACACAAGUUGAAGACAUUAAAACAGAGCUACUAUAUAUUCAAGCUUUCCUAAUGGAUGCAGAUGCAAAGGCGGAGAAAGCAGAUGUCAGCCAAGGCCUUAAAACUUGGAUUCAAGACUUAAGGGAGACUGCUUAUUCCAUAGAAGAUGUCAUCGAUGAAUACUUGCUUCACUUGGGAAAUCCAAAUCGACGGCAUGGUUUCAUUGGUUUCCUUUACAAAGUUGCUCGCUUGAUAAAAAAAUUAAUACGACGCCAUGAGAUAGCCUCCAAGAUCCAUGAUAUCCAGAAAAAGGUUCAUAAGCUCAGAGAAAUAAGUUCAAGUAAUGGCUUUAAUAAACCAUUUGAAUCAGGUUCAACCAGCAGCAAAGGAAGUGCUCCACAGCCUGAUCCUCCAGUGACUUCUCUUUUCAUCGACGACUCUGAAAUUGUUGGCAUCGGAUCUCAGAAAAAUGAACUGAUAAGCAGGCUGGUGAAGGGAACUCUAAAACGAACUGUGAUUUCGGUUGUCGGAAUGGGUGGACUUGGCAAAACCACUCUUGCCAAGAAGGUUUAUGCAAAUAUGAGAGUGGUGAAACACUUUGAUUGCCAUGCUUGGAUCACUGUGUCUCAGUCUUUCCAGAUGAAGGAGCUGCUGCGCCGUAUGAUGGAGAAAUUCUAUGAAGCAAGGAAGGAAAAAGUUCCUGAGGAUAUCAACAGAAUGGACAACGAGUCGCUGAUUACCCAAGUCAGGGAAUAUUUACAAGAUAAGAGGUAUGUGGUUGUUUUUGACGAUGUAUGGAAAGCAGGAUUUUGGGAAAGUAUUACACCUGCGUUACCAGAAAAUAAAAAAGGCAGCAGGAUAAUAAUCACUACCCGUAAAGAUGACGUAGCCACUUGUUGUAAGGAUGAUUACAUCCACAGGCUGCCACAUCUUUCACCUGAUAGUUCCCGGGAACUCUUUUGCAAGAAGGCAUUUCAGGGUAGAUGUCCCCCAGAAUUAAAGAAAUUGUCUGAUGAUAUUGUCAAAAGAUGUGGAGGACUGCCACUAGCAAUUGUAGCAAUUGGUGGUCUUUUGUCAAGAAAAGAGAAGAUUGUGUCCUUAUGGAAAAAAUUCAGUGACAGCCUUGGGUCUGAGUUGGAAAGUAAUUCCCAUCUUGAAAGUAUCAAUACCAUUCUCUCUCUCAGUUAUUAUGAUCUGCCUUACCACCUCAAGUCAUGUUUCUUGUAUUUGGCAAUCUUUCCAGAGGACUACACAAUUAAAUGUGGGAUCCUUACUCGGCUGUGGAUUGCUGAGGGUUUUGUAAAGACGAAGAGAGGUGUGACGCUAGAAGAGACUGCAGAAGGAUUCUUGACUGAGCUCAUACGCAGGAGCUUAGUUCAAGUGUCAGACGUAUAUAUCGAUGGAAAUAUUAAAAGAUGCCACAUUCAUGACUUGAUGCGUGAGAUUAUUCUCAAAAAGGCUGAGGAGUUGAGUUUUUUUUCUGUAAUGGCUGGAGAAGCCUCGUGUUUUGAUGGAAGAUUUAGGCGCCUAUCAGUUCAGAAUAGCUCAAAUAAUGUGCUAGACAUUCCCAGUAAAAAGUCUCACAUCCGCUCCAUUUUUCUUUACAACUCUGAGAUGUUUUCUCUGGGCACAUUGGCUUCAAAAUUUAAGUUUCUGAAAGUAUUGGAUCUUGGUGGUGCUCCUUUGGAGAGAAUUCCUGAAGAUUUGGGAAAUCUGUUGCAUUUGAGAUACUUAAGCCUGAGGAAGACAAGAGUGAGGAUGCUUCCAAGGUCCAUAGGCAAACUACAAAACCUACAGACUUUGGAUCUGAAAUAUUCCCUUGUAGAAGAUCUUCCUGUUGAGAUCAAUAGGCUUCAAAAGCUGUGCAAUAUUCUAUGCUUUGAUUAUGCUUAUAAGGCUGAUUUGAGAUGGGAUUCUGUUAGAGGAGUGCAUGUAAAGGAGGGUAUUGGGGGUUUGGAAGACUUGCAGAAGCUGACUGCUGUGGACGUAACUCAUGGGGUGCAGAUAAUAACAGAGUUGGGAAAGCUGAGGCAGUUGAGGAAGCUGGGUAUUACAAAACUUUCUAGAGGAAAUGGGCAGCGUUUGUGUGCCUCCAUUUCAAACAUGGUCCACCUUAAAUAUUUGUCUGUUUGUUCGCUGAGUGAAGAUGAGAUUCUGGAUAUACAGUAUAUGUCAAAUCCACCUCCGUUUCUUUCAACUGUCUACUUAAUGGGGCGUUUGGAGAGGUUACCUGACUGGAUUUCUAAACUUCCAAGUUUAGUAAGAGUAAUCUUAACUCGUUCUAACUUAGCGAACGAUCCAAUGCAAGUCUUUCAAGCCCUGCCUAGCCUGCAGGCGCUUUCCCUAUUCCAAACCUCUGUCGUUGAGCAAUUGUGUUUUGGGGCAACGGGGAUUCAGAAACUUAAGAGGCUCCGUAUCUAUGACUUGAUUGGACUGAAGAGGGUGAAAAUAGAAGAUGGAACAUUGCCCCUUCUGGAGGAGCUUAUGAUUGGGCGUUGCCCACAACUGGAGGAGCUGCCCUCUGGCAUCCGCCACCUCAGUAAGCUCACAACUCUUACAUUUUUUGAUUUGCAGGAAGAAUUGAGACUUGGUAUGAUACGCGACCAAGGCAGAAAUUUUGAGAUUGUUAAGCACAUUCCAUACAUCCAUUUCUUCGAGAGCUAGCUAAUGAAAUCUUUCCAAGCAAAGAUAUGGGAAUUCAAGUCUCAAGCCUCAGUGCCAAUAAAACUUGGAAUUGGCAUACAACACUAGAAGAUCCAAUUGCUGGAAUCUCCAAUGGAUUAAUGGCUGAGAUUGAUGGUGGUGGUGUUUGUUUAUUUUUACUGAGUUUUUGUUUGAACUUAAUUAUCUCCUUGUCAUGGUUGUUGGUCUGAACAAUUUCUCUGUUUCUCCUUCUGGGAGAUGUGAAUGUUUUAGAAUAACAUUGUUGAUGACAUGGCAUAGGUAAUGCUCAACCAAUGCUUUAUGUGCAUCAUUAAGAA